AUGCAUGCCGGUAGUUACAUUGUCAUCCCUGAUUACAACGUGAAUCCUCAAUUUCCACUGCGAUCUACAUGGAUUUGCCAUCUUGCCGCUUCUCCAACCUCCACAUCUUGGCUUCGAGGCAGCUCCAUCUCGCGUAAUGGCGCCCCAAACGGUUUUUGCGCCCCUGCGACUCAUGUCACUGCAGUGAUAUUCACUAUUAUAACCCUUUCCAGUGCCAUACACGGUAGCCCUAUCCGCAUAUUUGUCUUGGCUCCCUAUUGUUUUGUCUUAUCAUGCCUCACAUAUCGUUUCUACGAGAUCUGA